AUGUUGGAGCGUUUGAUCGGACUGUCUUGCUUGAAGUCUACUGCUGUAUGUAUCAUUCUUCGAGCUGUCCGAGUCGAGGCACACGAAACAUUCACUGGUACCGUACCAGUAUUAAUACUACAAGGACAGCCCGUCGGGGCCAUCAAUGAUGCAUCUGAUGGGCUGAUGCUGACUGACUUGGGCGCUGAGGCCGAUAAGUCGGGCAAGUCUGAUAGGCCUGUCUAUGAAUCCAGGCGGCUGUAUGAUAAGAGUACCCCCAAAGCAUUUUCCCGACUCGAUAACACUCAGCUGGAGGUCAAGAAUUUCUGA